CGUAUCUAUAAAUACACGCGAUUCCUUAAACGCAGCACGCUCUGUAUUCUUCUUUCCUCCAUUGUCUUCACUCUCUUGGUGACCACUGAAGACCAGAGAAGCCAAAUACACACUGCCUUCACUCUCAAUGGAAGAAGCUGGUGGAUCCUGUCCAAAACCAACGAAACGUUCUAUCAUAGCCAGGCCUGGGUUUGGAAGUAGCGGGCAUCCCAUGCCAUUGCUCAGCAACCACUUCAAAGUUUCUGUCAAUGUCACAGAUGUCGUGUUUUACCAGUAUAGUGUUUCUAUUACUGCCGAAGAUAACAGAGUUGUUGAUGAAAAGCGAAAAAUAAUUGAUAGGCUUUGCCAGACGUACUCAUGUGAACUAGCUGCUAAAAGCUUCGCAUAUGAUGGUGAGAAAACCCUCUAUUCAUUGGUUCGUCUGCCACAGUCCUGGAUGGAGUUCACUGUAGUUCCUAAGGAAUCAAUUGCAAAACGUUGCAACGCUGAUGGUGGUCGUAGCUUUGCGGUAACUUGUGAGAGGUCUAAACGUCGUUUGCGGUCAGAGACUUUUAAAGUGGAAAUAGUUUAUGCUGCGAAAAUCCCUUUAAAUUCCCUUGCUCUGUCUCUCCAUGGAAAUGAGACAAAUAAUAAUACUCGAGAUGCUUUAAGAGUGCUGGAUAGUAUCUUGAAGAACAGGCAAAGCCGGUGGCUUCCGUUAAGGCAGACAUUCUUUCAUGACGAUCCAAAGAACUUCACUGAUGUCGGAGGAGGUGUAACAGGAGUUAGGGGAUACCAUUCCAGCUUCCGUACCACUCAGGGUGGCUUGUCUCUUAAUAUGGAUGUGACUAUGACGAUGUUCCUAACCCCUGGACCAGUGAUUGAUUUUCUGAAAGCUAAUCAGAAUGUACAGGAUCCAUGCUGUAUUGACUGGGUGAAGGCCAAAAGUAUGUUGAAAAAUUUGAGGGUUAAGCCAAGGCACCGUAACAAGGAAUAUAAAAUUAUAGGCUUGAGCCAAAAGGUCUGCAAGGAGCAAUAUUUUUCAAUGAAAGUGAGAAGCCAUGAUUGUGCAAAUGGUGAGCCGCAGGUUGUGAAGAUAACAGUGUAUGAGUAUUUUACUAAACACUGUGGCAUAGAACUCACCGACUCUGCAUGUCUGCCUUGCCUUGAUGUUGGCAAUACUAAACAACCAAUCUAUCUGCCAAUAGAGCUUUGUACGCUUGUUCCGCUCCAGCGUUAUGCAAAAGCUCUAUUCCCAACUCUAAGAGCAUCUUUGGUUGCAAGUUCUAGACAAAACCCUCAAGAUAGAAAACGAACUGUGAUUGAUGCUGUGAGAAACUACCGUUGCGAUGAUGAUUCUUUGCUUUCUGCAAGUGGUGUUUCUAUAGAAAGACAAAUGAUGCAAGUUGACAGUCGCGUACUUGAAACUCCAAUGUUGAGGGUAGGAAACAAGGAAGACUUUUUCCCCAGGAAUGGUCGGUGGAACUUCAAUCACAAGACUCUUUUCAAAACCACUUGCAUUGAUCGAUGGGCUGUGGUUAACUUUUCUGCUCCCUGCUAUACUGAUAAAAUCUUCCAUGAUCUCAUAAGCUGUGGAAGGAGAAUGGGCAUACAAAUUGAAAGCCCACGUACCCCAAUAUGGGAGGACCCAAAAUCUAGAGGAGACAAACCUCUUGAUAGAGUAGAAAAUAUGUUUGAGAUGCUGAACAGAGCUAAGCUUCUGAAAGAUACCCAGUUUAUUUUGUGCGUCUUGCCAGAGAAGAAAUCUGACAUUUAUGGACCAUGGAAGAAGAAAUGUCUUUGUGAUUUUGGCAUUGUUACACAGUGCAUUUACCCAUCCACGAUUAAUGAUCGGUAUCUUACCAAUGUACUUCUUAAGAUCAAUUCUAAGCUUGGAGGAAUUAAUUCUCUGUUGGCAAUUGAGGAUUCCAUGAAAAUACCCCUCAUAAAAGAUACUCCUACAAUGAUUUUGGGCAUGGGCGUGUCUCUUGGCUUUCCUGGCCGAUCAGAUAUACCAUCAGUAGCCGCGGUUGUCGGAUCUCUAUAUUGGCCACAUAUUUCAAGGUAUAGAGCUUCUGUAAGAGCUCAAUCUCCUAAGGAGGAGAUGAUUGAUGCUCUAUACAACCCUUUAGCUAAUGGGAAGGAUGAUGGUAUGAUGAGGAAGCUGCUAGAGGACUUCUGUCACACAAGCAAUGGAAACAAACCAAAGCACAUUAUUGUUUUCAGGAAUGGAGUGGCUGAGUCACAGUUCAGUAAGGUUUUGAACGUUGAAGUGGAGCAGAUCCUAAAGGCCUAUCAGGAUCAUUUUAAAAGUGAGGUAGACAUUCCCAAGUUCACGGUAAUUGUUGCUCAGAAGGAUCGCCACACUAAGCUAUUUCAAGAUAUUAGCCCUGAAAAUGUUCCUUCUGGGACCGUUGUAGAUACAGAGAUUGUGCAUCCCAGAAACUAUGAUUUUUACUUGUGCGCUCAUGCAAGCAUGACUGGAACUUCAAGGCCUGCACACUAUCAUAUCUUGCUUGAUGAGAUUGGAUUCUCUCCUGAUGAGUUGCAAAAUCUUAUCCAUGCUCUUUCUUAUGUGAACCAAAGGAGUACUACCGCUAUCAGAACAGUGGCUCCUUUGCGUUAUGCUAACCUUGCUGCACGACAGAUGGGGCAGUUUAUGAAGUUUGAGGAUAAUUUGUCUGAAAUCUCUUCAGGACAGGGUCCAGUUCCAGAGCUGCCUAGGUUGCACGAGAAUGUUGCUAGUUCGAUGUUCUUCUGCUGAUGUGCUGCUGAUUGUUCUUCCUAAUAUAGUAGUUUUGCGUUUGUUGGCUAUAGCUGCCAGUGUGCUAAGGCUUACUACUACUGUUUCCUGUGGAGCUGAAUGCUUUCUGACAGUACUAUAAUAAAGUUUCCUUAAAGCUUA